AUGAAUCAAUAUAUUAAUCCAAAUAAAUUAGUCACUUAUUUGCAUUCAAAUUCAACUGAUACAUUUCUUGAUUUAAAAUCUGAAUCGAUAGAAUCACCAUCAUCGAAUGCAUCGACUUUAUUACAACAAAAUUCUAGCUUAAUUGAUUUAUGUGCAUUUAAUUCUUUAUAUCAACGACUUGUGGAAACUUCACCAUCAAGCUCAGAUACAUCGACAUAUGAUACAUUUAUAACUUCAUCAGAUUUAUCGAAUCGAAUACCAUUAAUUUCACAAAUUGAUCAACCAAUACAUUCAAAUGGAAUGUUCGUUCCAUCAUUGCAUUCUACAGACAACAGAUACGAAACAAAUAAUAAUAAAUCAGAUUUAAUAACAUCCAUAAAUAAUUCUUCCAUUUCAGCAACAGUACCACUUAGUCCAACAUAUGAUAAACAUUCAAGGCUAUUAUUAUCUACUUCAAAUUCUUCAACAAGAGAUAUUGUUCAACAAAAUUCUCCAUAUGAUUCAUGUCUAUCCAAUGAUUUAUCGAAAGUAAUCUCAAAUAAACGAUACGAUCUUUCUAUGCCUCAUCUAAACGAUAACGAUAAUACAUUAGACUAUGAACUUUCAAGUUUUAUUAGUAAAACUGAACAAACUCCAAGUCACUGGAUGAUGGGCUCUAUGAAUCUAGGAUUAAUUCAAGAUAAUGGUACUAGUCCAAAGCAUUCCAGAAUCAAUAAUGAACAAUUACGUAAAUCACCUGUUCUUCAUCGAGCAUUAAUUUCCUCACCAAAACAAAUUAAAACUCAUUUAUUUAAUACUACACAAUCUAUUCAAAGUAAUACUACUGAACCUGAUACUACUAAUAUUUAUGACAGUCCAAAUAAUAAAAGUCCACAAUAUAGACCAAGACAUUCAUAUAUUCAUUCAUUGGAAGCAAAAUUAAAACUAUCAAGUAAUACAAUUUUCCAAUCAGAAAAUAAUCUCAACAAAAAGUCAAAAUUUUCUCAACGUUCAUGUCGUUCACCUGUUUAUACUCGACGUCCACAACAACAGAAACAAAAUACAACUGAUACUAAUUUUGAUACAACAACUUCAUCAUCAUCAUCAUCACAACCAAUGGCAUUACUAUCAUUAGAUAUUAAUGGAAGUAUUUCACCAAUAAAUAAUGAAUCAUCGAAUCAACAUCAAAUUAUAAAUUCAUCAUUAACAUUAAUGAAUAGUAAUAAUAAAAAACGAUUAUUUGAAUCGUCUACAUCAGAACAAAUUUUAAUUAAACGUCGUUAUCAAAGAUCAAUACCAAUAAGUAUUAUUCAAAAACAAUAUUGUAUAUCAUAUCCAAUCACUGUUCAAAGAUGUGUUGAUUGUCAAAUGAUAAAUUCAUCAAAUUCACCAUUACAUCUUUUGGGUUGUCGAUUUCAACAUUGUCGAACAUUAAAAUAUCUUGGUGAUGAUAAAUAUGAAAGCGAAGGAUUCACAACAGAUAAAAGCGCAAAAUCAGAAGAUAUUGCACAUAUAAUUACUCCAAAUUCUGGUGGACAACCAGCAUUAAAUUUAAACAAUUCAAAUUAUAUUCUUACUCAGAUUGCUAAACUUUUUUGUUUAAUAUUUUCAUAUGAAGAAACUCAACAAUCCAUACAAAACGACAAAGAAAUUAUUUGGAAACGUUGUAUACCAGGUUGGAGAGAAGUUUGUGAUGAAUGUUUAACAACACUUUUUAAUUAUCAUUAUAUGUGUAAAAUAUGUGGAUAUAUGAUUUGUGUUGAAUGUUCAGAUGAAUUUUUUCAAGCAAAUACUGAAAAACGAAAAAAAUUAAAACGAACCUGUAACCAUCUUGAUUCAUAUUGUUUAUCAGAAUUUAUUCCAUGGAAUAUAUUAGUAAAACAACGUAAAUAUUGUAUAGAUUAUUUAUCUAAGUUGAAAAUUGAUCAUUCAACGAGAUUUUUUCAUACAUCGAAAAAUGAAAAUUAUUCAAUAUUUAUUAAAAGCUUAAAAAUGAAACGAAUACAUGAUAUACGUAAUACACAAAAAAUUUGGUCCGCAAUCGAUUGUGAUUAUGAUUCAAACAUCGAAUUUUAUUGUAAUGGACGUCUACCAGUUUUUAAUGAAUGGACUAGCGAGAAUGCUAAACGUUUUUUUCAACGAGUUUGGGCUGCUAGUUGUCCUGUACUUGUUAAACAAGUUCAUCAUAAUCUAUCGAAAACACUUUGGCAUCCAGAUGCAUUUAAAUUACAUAUGCUUGAUCAUCAUGAUACACCAGCAUUAUGGGAUUGUGAAACUUUGACACCAAUUCAAACUAAUGAAACAAUUUUAACACGUUUUUGGGAUGGAUUUGAACGUUUAAAUAUUCGUUUGAGAGAUAAUGAACAUCGUGGACGUGUACGUAUUCUUAAAUUAAAAGAUUGGCCAACAAAAAAAGAUUUUGCAUCAGUUUUUCCAACACGUCUCCAUGAUCUUAUGACAAAUAUUCCAUUUAGUGAUUAUACACGACGAUCGUAUACGUAUAAUGGUGUUACAUAUCAUGGUGGAGCUUUUAAUAUUGUGGAACGUUUACCAGCUUGUUCAGUUAAACCAGAUCUUGGACCAAAACUUUAUAUUGCUUAUAGUCAACUAACGAGUCAAGCAACAAGAAAAGCUGGCACAACUAAUCUUCAUAUUGAUGUAUCUGAUGCUGUUAAUGUUCUUGUCUAUGUUGGUAUAGGUGGUCAAGGUGAUGAUGGAUUAGAUAAAGAUGAAGAAAUUCGACAAGUUGAAACAGAAAUACUUAAUUCAAAUAUUGAUGAACUUCAAUUACAACGACUAAGAAAUGGAGAACGACCUGGUGCACUUUGGCAUUUAUUUCGUUCGGACGAUGUAAAAACAAUUCGUGAAUAUAUUGGCCGAACUCAACGUAAAACUUCUGGUUCCGAUGAGAUACAUGAUCAAACAGCUUAUUUAGAAAAAGAAGAUUUAGAAAAUUUAAAAUGUUGGAAUCAAGUCGAAGCAUAUCCAAUCCUUCAAUUUCUUGGUGAUGCUGUUUUUAUACCAAGUGGUGCACCUCAUCAAGUAAGGAAUCUUCAUUCAUGUAUAAAAAUUGCUGAAGAUUUUGUUUCACCGGAAAAUCUUGAUCGAUGUUUAAUAACAACAAAUGAAUUUCGAUCAUUAUCAAAAACUCAUACAAAUCAUGCUGAUAUUUUACAAGCUAAGAAUAUUCUUUAUUAUGCAACACGUGAUGCUUUAAAUUCCUUAGGAAAAUUACCUGAAACUCUUUUGGAUUCUUCCACAUAUGAUAACCUUAAUUAA